AUGGCGGACCUGCCAAUCCAGUGCGUGAAGAAUGUUGUGCUGGAGGUCACACGUGACGACGGGGAGAUCGACCGCAGCACUCUCCAGACCGAACUCGUACUGAAAAAGGAGGUGGGUAAUGCGCGUCUUGUGAGCGGCGACACCAUGCUCUGGGUGGGCAAGGGCGUGUUGUCACACAAGGACUCGACACUGGACUCUGCACCUACGCGCACUGUGCGUGUCGAGAAUGGCAAGCGGCGCUUUGUCUUCACCGUCCCGUUGGAUGCUGCGGGUAAACACUUUUAUAGCCAGCUUAAGGACCAAGUGGACGGUGUGGAAAUCCGCAAGAAGAAGCGCAAGAUCCGCAAACAGCUGAGCCAAGUCAUGGGCUUCACUCCCGUCAACACUCUCAAAAGCCCCAUGAAGAGCCCCCAACCACUACGCAAGAGUCCGGCCGUGAAGCCUCCCAUGACACCCAAGCGCAGUCCUCUUGCAGACAUUGGAACACCCAACAGAACUCCACAGCUGACGCUCCCGCCUCCGCUACCUGUGACGACGAAGGGGUCAACUUCCUCGUCUCUUGCGUCUCCAGUGAGAUCACCGUUCCGCUCUCCAUUCCGUAAGAAAGCUCGACUCUCGCAAAGUCCGUCAAGUGGAGGAAAAUCACUGAAUAGUGUGGGGAAAACACCACCCAAGUCUCCUGCGCGUGAAUGGCUCAGCCCAGCUCGAUCGCUGAAGUUGCGGAGUGGACCGACACCGCCAGAUCUCAAGCAACACACUCAAACCCCGGAGAUCCGUAGUAUGGGGCAUAAAAAAAGCUCUGGUGGGAGUUCUGGUGAAAAGUCUCGUCAGAAAUCAAUCACGGGGUCGAUAAAUAAGCGCGUUCGAUCCCUCCAGCUGAUGCUGGACGACGAGUCAAGUAUCAAGGAAGCAGAGAACCAUGCUCACAAGAAAAUUACGUCGCAAUUCCUCACGAUGAGCUCUCCUUCAAGUUUUCACGAUAAAACUGCUCGUGUACUGGAUAUGUCGAUGGAGUCUGCGUCUGAGGAGAUCGAACAAGCGAAUGAUAAGACGGAAGAUUCGUAUCCGAGGUCCAGUGACUCACCUGGUGAUGGAACGCAGAGAAGUACUCAUGGCUUGCUCAAUCUGGGCAAUUACUGCUAUAUGAACGCUAUCGCACAGGCGCUGGCGGCUCUCCCCGAGUUUGUAAGUGGCAUUCAAGACGAAGAAAACUUGCUGAAGAUUAUCCGAAAACAACCUCAACCGAGUGUCAAGGUCAAGACAAUGGAGCAACUCAAGGCCAUAUUUGAUAAUUGGCGGACAAGCGGUGAUUCCAAACAUCUCCCUCUGCAGUACACGCUAAAGCAGCUGCUUCAACAAGUUAUCAAUGGCAGUGAAACGUCUAUCAACCCGGAACCCCUCAAGAACGUCAUGGGAAAGAAAAAUCCCAUCUUCGCAACGCACUUUCAGCAAGACGCUCACGAGUUUUUGUUAAAUCUGGUGACGGAAUAUGAAAAAGAGCUCGUACAAAUGGUUCAUGAAGUCUCCGAGAAGAUUGAGGAAGAGGCCAAGUCGGCUCCUCAAGUACAGAAGAGCAGUCUUCUGAAUUUCUUCCGCAACGGCCCAAAAGCGAAGGAAACGCAGAAUGACAAGACCUUCGAUGCAGAGUCGGAGCUCAUAUGUCGUCUCCCUCCAGCGAAGUGCUUUCGGGCGGAAUUGAACCGCACGUUGACGUGUCGGAGGUGUGGAUACAGUCGGAAACAGGCAGAGACCUUCUACGAUUUCUCUUUGGAUCUACCGUAUUACGCUACUCCGGAGCCGGAACCCACAGCUGAGCAGGAGCCGCAAGCGCCACCCUCGCCUGAACGACAGUGUUUCUGCAAUCUAACUCCCCUUACAAAUGGAUCAGGCAACGAGCGCUACUACUGCUGCCCGAAAGCGUCUUGCAGCUACCGUGAAAAAGUCGUGGAGAGUCUGGAGUCGGCACAGUCUCCUGCGAAAACUGCAGAUACAGCGCUGAAACGUGUUACGACGCCGUCAACCCCAGCGUGCGGAUGGUCAGCUCGGCCACCACAGCUUGAGCUAGAAACGUUGCUUCAGAAACAAUUUGAAAGCGAGGUACUGGAGUUGACUUGCGAGAAGUGCAAAGACGGAAAGGAAGCGGAGUCGGCGUACCAGAUCAAGUCGUUGCCGUCGGUCCUUGUGUUUCAUCUGAAGCGCUUUGAAGUAAACCCACAUACCGGGGCAUCGUUCAAACGUUGCGACCCGGUCAUACCACCUGCUGUGCUUGAUCCGACUCGUUCCAUUUCCGCUCCGUCGGGCGGUGAAUCCCGUUAUGUGCUGAAAAGUGUCAUUCACCACCUAGGAAAGAGUAUUGACGAAGGACAUUAUGUUGCCGACGUAUGCGAUGCUAAUGGCCAAUGGAUCCGUCGAAAUGAUACGCAUGAGUCUAAGAUCUCAGAAGAUUAUGCCCUACAAGCAUACCGAAGCCAAGAGUCAUGCUAUAUGUUCUUCUACGUCAAGUCCGAACGAAGCAAUGCGGAUGGUGGUAAGGAAAACGUACCAGUGAACCGCACUACACCUCAAGACGAGAACGAUGAAAACUCCAGCCAGCAACGCCAAGGUGCUGCCAGUAAUGGGCUGAGGGCAUUCUUAUAG